UUAUUUCUGACACCGUAGGUCCAUCAUGAACGCUACAAAACCGCAAUACAAAGUACAUCAAUGUUUUUUUUGUCUGGGGAAUGGAGAGUACUUUUGUGAAUCGUGUCCAAGUAAUCUGUGUUCCCAUUGCAAAGUGAAACAUGUAGAAAACUUAAAAACUAUAGAUCAUAAUGUCAUGACAUAUCGUGAGAAAUUCAACCAUAUUCCAAAAGAGAUCUGUGUGACACAUCCUGGCAAUGUUUAUAAAAACUUCUGUAAACGUUGUAAACUCCCGGUCUGUUAUCAAUGUAGAAAACGUAGUAGUAAGCAUAGAAAACACAGGCAGCAAUAUAUUGAAACAGCAUACAAAACAAAGCAACAACAAUUCAGAGGAAUAAUUCACACAAUCAGAAGCGAUGCUCUUUUUUACAGACCUAUUCUUCUGUCAGAAAUCAAAGCCGACUUCAACGCCACCCUCACAAAUGUCUCCCUCUUUCAAUCAAAAAUGUUAGCGAAGGCCAAGAGACUUAAAAAUCUAAUUGACUUUUUGAUAAAAGAUCUCAUGGGCAAUGUUUUUUGUUACUAUGAUUUAAAACACAGAUGUUUAAAACAGAAGAUAGAAAUGAUCAGACAUAUUAUCUGCAUUCAGAAAAAUGAACACAGACAAGAACAGUCAGUAGAUAGUGCGCUACGAUUUCUCUUGGUCACAAAAAGACCUAGACUUCCCCAGAUAUAUCUUACACUCCACACCAGCCAGCUUUCUAUGACAGAGGCAUUUAACAAGGAAGAUGUGAUGGAGUCACUGUAUGGAAUCCAAAUUAAAGAGAGAGGAGAGCGAGGUAUAAGAAAUGAACAUCUGCUGAUACAGAUGUCUGAUACUGAAUUGCAUCACUCUCUCACAGUGACAGGUGUUAAUUGUUGUCAUCACAUGUCCUGUGUGACAUCAGACAGGGUCUGGGUCAGUGAUGAUGAUGAAAAUCUUAUGCUGACAAACAGAUCAGGAGAAAUUUUACAUCAUUUGAAGGAUUUAUAUAAUAGUAAUGAUCGAGGUUUACACACGGUAAACAGCGAGGGUGAAGUGAUUUACAUAGAUAAGAAACCAAACAUAAGUAAAAUAUCGAAGGACAUGAAGACAAUCACCACUUAUAUUGAAACAUCACACAAUACAUGGAGUCCGCAAUGUGUGUACUAUUCUCAUUCCACUGGAGAUUUAUUGAUCGGGAUGUCAACUGGGAUUAAACGAAAUGAAAUUCUAACUUGGGAUUAUAAAGUCGUAGAACAUUAUUCUGUUGUUCCAAAGAAAGGCAAGGUAAACCGGUACAACCAGACCGGACAACUGACACAAACAAUACAGCACGGCAACAAAAAGUCAAAACUGUACAACACACCUAUCUUUUUGACAGAGAACAACAAUGGGGAUGUCGUGGUGUCUAAUUUUAAGUUGUCUUUGAAUGAUCAAUAUGAAGAACACGGUUCAAUAGUAGUGACAGACAGUAAAGGAAGACAUCGUUUCUCCUAUACUAGACAUCCAUCAGGGAUAGUCCUACGACCCCGUGGAAUCUGCACUGACGCGCUUUCACAUAUUCUGAGCUUGGCUUAUGACAUCAACACUCAUCGUCUCUGGGUCGGAUCAAAGGAGAACAACACAGUGUGUGUCUACAUGUAUAUAGCACGACAAACUGGUUUCACAUAUCAGACUCAAGGAACUCUUGAAGUGAGAGAACCGCCUAAUGAAACCUCAACGACAGAAAAUUCAGGGAAAGUAAAUGAUCAUCUUUGGAAACUGAUAUCUCCCCCUAAGCUAUUUCAAUCUCUUGAAAUAUCUAAGGCUUAUCAUUCUUUACACAUUUCUUGUGUGACACCAGACCAGGUUUGGGCAAGUAAUAACAACGAUCUCAUAUUGACAAACAUAAAAGGUGAAACUUUAUAUUAUCUAAAAGAUUCAUGUUCUGGUCUAGGCACUGGGCGUCACACAGUGAACAGUGAGAGUGAACUGAUUUAUGUAGAUAUGAAAUAUAACAUUAAAAUACUGUCAAAGAAUAUGAAAACAAUUACCACAUUUAUAGAUAGAGCAGAUUCUCCAUGGAUACCAUUGUGUGUGUACUGGUGCCCAUCCACCGGGGAUCUUCUGGUCGGGUUUGAAAGGGAGGUUACAAAGUAUAGAGGAAUGGGCAAAGUAACCCGGUACAGCCGUACUGGACAACCUACACAAACAAUAGAACAUGACAGCGCGGGACUGAACCUGUAUAGGAAACCUUACUAUAUAACGGAGAACAAUAAUGAGGAUAUUGUAGUGUCUGACUGUAAGAAUGCGGUAGUAGUGACAACAUUUGGAGGAAUACAUCGUUUCUCAUACACAGGGCAUCCUUCCGGAACAGGAGUAGUAUCACAGGGAAUAUGCACUGAUCCAAUGUCACACAUCCUAGUGUGUGAUGGUAGGAUAAAUAAAAUACAUAUAAUCGACAAGGACGGUCAGUUCCUGUCACAUCUCAAGAUAAGUUAUCCAGAUUCAAUCAGACCAUGGAGCUUGAGCUAUGAUGUUAAUACCCAUCUUCUUUGGAUCAAAUCCUUUUUGGGUGGAAUAGUGGGCGUCUACAGGUAUAUGGACCGACAGGACGCUCUUACAAAUGAUGUGCCACUCUGCCCUGAUGAGGACAUAUCGUUGAGUUGGGGACCUGUCUAAGGAUGAAUAUAUCUUCAUGCAUGAUUCAUAUGUUGAGUCUUUACCAAUUAUUGUAAUUGUUUGAAUGGCAUUAAAAUAUUUUUAUUUGUGUUAUACAGUUUUACAUAUUAUUUCCAGAAUGAAUCAGCAUUUACCAUGGUUAAUGAUGAACGCAAUAUUAGAUUUUAUUAUGAUCCAACACAAAUGAUUUGAAAAAAAUUCAUAAAAAGUG